GCUCGAUCAAUAAAUCAAAUAUGAACGACGUUUAGAGGUGAACGUCUGUAAAAUAUUUUUUUUUGUAUUUUUGUUAUGCAUUCAAGUAGAGAUGGCGAAGAAACAGUUUUCGGUUCAGAAUCGUUUCGCGUGCAUUCGAUUUCCAAAAACAACAGAUUUUAUUCCACGGCAGUCACAACCGUUAUCGAAGAUACUUUAUCACAAUUAAUUAUUUUAAAGAACCUGAACAACAGGAAUACAACAUAUUUUGAUAACGAUGUCAUCGAAUACAAAACAGUUGGUGAGAGAUUUUCAACUGCAGAAAACCUCGCAGACGUCCGUCUACCGAGCGUAGACACUAAUUACGAUAAAUUGGCCAAUGAUAUAAAUUGUUUAGUAAACGUUUUUCGAGAAACUUCGGAAGAACUUACUAUAUACGAAACGUAUUCAACUUUACGACGAUAUGUAACGGCGCUAAUUGCCAUGGAAAAAGACAACAAGAAAUUAAUUGAUAGCCAGAUAAAAAAUGAAAACGAGAUUAAAAAAUUAAAGGAAUUAACUAGUCGAGAACGAGAUACGAGAUUGAAUGAAAUUCACGAAAUUUGGGAACAGAUACAAGAUAUGAAAUUGAAAAUCGAUAGUAAAAUAAUUUUCGGCCGGUACGAAAUCGCCUUUUACAAAAAAUGGGAGAAAACAAGAGCUGAACAAAACAAUAUGGUUUGUAAAGAAUAUGAAGCUUUUCAUAUGAAUACCAUAAACGAAAUGAGAGAAAAAAUUGAUCUAGAAAUGAAAUGUCAUUUGAAAUUUAACACGUAUAUUGAAGAAAGCAGAAAUGAUAUGAUUGAUCAAAUAAAUUAUUGGGUAAAAUAUUAUGACGACGAAACUGAACGAAGGGAAUCGGAAAUGAUCAAAAUGAAAGCAUCACUUGAAUCUCUGACUAAAGAACACGAAGAAGUUAUGGCUGAAUAUGAAAAAAGGCAAGAGGAAAUGGCCAAGUGGAAGGAAUAUAAGAAGUUGAGAUCUAUAAAGAAAAAACGCGCGAAAAUUGAAAGAUGGGCGUCGAUGGUUAUACAGGCUUGGUGGCGAGGUAUGAUGGUUAGAAAGCGAUUAGGGCCGUACAAAAAAAGGAAGGGAAUGGGUAAAAAACAAAAUAAAUAAUCAUAUGUUUAUAAAUAUACGUAAAUAAAUAUAAAUAUAAUAAA